AUUGUUUUAGCGUAUAUUUCUCUGCUUUUUUUGUUGUUGUGCGUGUGUGUAUAGGUGCUAGUUAUAGAAAAAUAUCAAACAUAAAACAAAAGAAAAUGGUGCAUCUCUGUCAGCGACGACGCAACCGGGAACAGGCUGUCAAACAAUUCAUUGAUCUCUGCAAUAAUUUAGGCGCAACAGCAGCCGCCGCCUCCCCGAAUGCCAACACAUUCAAUUUCAGCAACGCGAACACCACACACCAACAACACCAACAACAACCACAACAACCACAACAACAACAGCAACAGCAACAAACAGCAGCAACAACAUCAUCAGCAACAGCAACAGCAACUGCAACUGCAUCCGCAACAUCCGCAUCAUUGCCCAUUAGGCGCCACAUCUCGCAUACGACGGCUGUCAAGUUUCUGUACGCCCGCAAGUUUGAUAUACCCCGUGCCGUAUCCUUGUACGAGCAGCAUGAGCAGAUACGCCAGAGGGAAUACCUCUACAAUAUUGAUGCGGAUGUGGAGCCAUUGUGCUCCGAGCUGCAAACAGGCAAAUUCACAAUAUUGCCGGCGCGCACUUCCUCGGGAGCUGCGAUUGCGCUCUUCACGGCCAACCGACAUAGUCCGUUGAGUGCUUCGCAUACUACAACAUUACAGGGUAUCGUCUAUCAGCUGGAUUGUGCGCUCCAGGACACUGAGACACAGCGUGCCGGACUUGUCUUCAUCUACGACAUGAGUGGCUCCAAAUAUUCCAAUUUUGAUUAUGAUCUAUCGCAAAAGAUUCUCACGUUGCUCAAGGGCGGGUAUCCGGCACGCCUGAAGAAAGUGCUGAUCGUGACGGCGCCGCUGUGGUUCAAGGCGCCAUUUAAGAUACUGCGUCUGUUUGUGCGCGAGAAGCUGCGCGAGCGUGUGUUCACCGUAUCGGUGCCGCAGCUGAGCCUGCACGUGCCGCGCAAGGCGCUGCCGGUGCAUCUGGGCGGCACGCUUCAAAUCGAACACGCCACAUGGUUGCUAAAUUGCCGCAAAUCGAUGACGAAUCGUGAAGACGAACUGCUUGCCAAUAUUGUGGUGGGUGUCGCUUGCGCACCACUCGCACCAGCAGCAACAGCAGAAACAUCUGCAACAGCGACGCCGCUAAGCAACGGCAGCAGCAGCAGCAGCAGCAGCAGCAGCAACAACAGCAGUGGUGCUGCCAACGCCGCGACAUCAACAAUAAUCAGCGCCGUACAUCAGUUGGCCGAGAGCAACACAACGGUUGUGACAGUUAGUGGCGAGCAGAGAGCAACAGCAACAGCAACAGCAACAGCAACUGCAACAGCAACAGCAACUAGCAACAGCAACAGCAACAACACCGAAUCGGAGUCCAACGAGAACAUCACAAUAAACGGACUAAGUCCAACGCAUCGGACUCCCGUUGGCAGCGCAGGCGGCGCGUUGCUCAAGCUAAAUACCAGCGGCAUACAGAGUAACGGUGCUGGUGGUGUUGGUGGUGGUGCAGCUGCUGGGACUGCCAUUGCAGCAGCGACAACAGCAACGGCGUCAGCGGCAGCAACUGUUGCUGGCAGCGCUGUCAACGGCAGCGCCGCUGGUGUCGCUAGCAACGGUAGCGCUGGAGGCGGCGUUGGCGUUGGUGCCGGUGAAUUCUGGUCGGAAAAUCCACCCAGCAGUGCCUCAUCUGGUUUCAGUGAUGACGACAGUCUGGCCGGCCAGGAGGGAGACCCCAAAACGAUUGAUCUAAUCGUUCAAAUGGUGCGAGAACGCGGACGCCAAGGCCUAAUCAGAGAGUAUGCGGAAAUCCGAAAUCGGGCGCCCGAGGGCACCUUCAUCCAUGCGCGCAUGCGCAACAAUCUGACCAAAAAUCGAUACACAGACGUGCUCUGCUAUGAUCACAGUCGUGUGGUGCUGUUAGGCGAGAUAGUGGAUGGCGCGAUUGUUGAUUACAUAAAUGCGAAUUUCGUCGAUGGCUAUAAACAGAAGAAUGCAUAUAUUUCAACUCAAGGUCCAUUACCAAAGACAUCCUAUGACUUUUGGCGCAUGAUCUGGGAACAACAUUGCCUAGUUAUAGUUAUGACAACGCGCGUCAUGGAGCGCGGACGUGUGAAGUGCGGCCAAUACUGGGAGCCGACUGACGAUAGUUCCUUAGAGUUUGGAAAUUACCAUGUGCGAACAAUUAGCGUCGAGUGCAACGAGGAUUACACCGUUGCAUCCCUAGAAUUGAGAAACCUAAAGACUGACGAAAUUCGCAAUGUGUCACAUUGGCAGUUCACCAGCUGGCCGGACUACGGUGUGCCCAGCUCCGCAAUGGCCAUGCUUAACUUUUUGCAGAAGGUGCGCGACAAGCAGGCACAGCUGGUCCACGCACUCGGCGACACCUGGGCGGGUCAUGCGCGCGGCCCCCCAAUUGUGGUGCACUGCAGCGCUGGCAUUGGACGCACCGGCACCUUCAUCACGCUGGACAUAUGCAUAUCGCGUCUGGAGGAUGUCGGCACGGCGGACAUACGCGGCACGGUAGAGAAGAUACGCUCGCAGCGCGCCUACUCCAUACAAAUGCCAGAUCAAUAUGUGUUCUGCCACCUGGCGCUGAUCGAGUACGCGUAUUCACGCGGCAUGCUCCAAGCGGUUGAUUUGCCAGGCUUUGAUGAACGGGAACAGGACUCCGAGUAGGCGGUAGCAGCAGCAGCAGCAGCAGCAGCAGCAGAAGCAGCAGCAGCCACCCACAAGGAAUACAAAUUGUAUACAGAUUACUUAUAUUAUUGUCAUUUUUUACAACUAUUAUUAUUAUUUUUAUAUAUAUAUAUAUAAACAUGCAUAUAUUAUUAUGAAUUGAAAUUGUAAUUUUGUAUUAGAAGAAUGUUUCAUUCGUUCGUUCAAUCAGACGCAUAGGCAAGCAAUUUAUGUUUAUUAUCAUAAUAUUAAUAAUUCUAAUCUUUUUUUUUUAAUGAAAAAAAAAAAAAACAAAACCCAACAACAACAACAUACCAACAUUUAUAUAUAUCAAAUAUGUAUAUGAAAGAGAAAGAGCAAGCGAGAGAGCGAAUGAUACAAGUUUAGCAAUGUUUCGAUGUAAGCGGCUGGUAAUUGUAAAGUUGACUAUUUUUUUAUGUUUCUUAUUAUUAUUAUUAUUAUUAUUAUUAUCUUAUUAUUAUUAUUUAUGUAAAAGUGAAAAGGUGGAACUUCAACUGCUUAAAGUUGCAAGUUGCUUAACCAUUUCUAAUGAUGUAUGUAGUAAGUUUGUAUGUGUGUGUGUGUAUAGAUGAUAUACAUACAUACACACGCCUACCUACAUAGUAUGUAUAUGUAUAUGUAUAUGUAUGUAUACACAAAUUUUUAGUAAUGUACGUGAUUUAAUAUUUAAAAUGCAUUAUUUUAUAUAGAAUAAUUUCAAGAUUACAAUGAUGCUUAUUUUGUGUAAACCCAAACAACCACACCUCCCCAACCCAACACCCCUAGGCCACUCCCACUACCCCAGCCAGCUUCCUUGCAAACGCCUUCAUUAUUAACAUGAAUUGUAAUUGUAAUUGUAAUGUACAUUUAUUUAAAUUAAAU